AUGUAUGCUCAACGUAAACGGGGGUAUGGUGUUGUUGUGUCGUCCUCUUCUAGGGCUGAACUUGCUUCUUCUUCGGGUCUUGUUGUUACACCUGUUUUUCGGCGUCCUCGACCCUCUUCACGAAUACGUUCUGCUGGUGUUCUUCCGAAUUAUGUUGAUUUUGGUGAUUGUGAUUGUGUCUGUGAAUAUUGUGGUGCCUAUUUUUGGUUUGUUGAAAGGAGUCUGAAAUUGCCUGCAACUCAUCAUCCUAGAUAUGGUCAUUGUUGCAAGUCCGGUGAUAUUAUACUCCCUUAUCCUUCGUCGUUUCUGCAUGAAUAUGUUGCGCUUUUUCAUAGUGAUCGUUUUUUUGAGGGAAAUUAG